AAGUUCUUAGAAAAAAUUGAAAAAAUGUAGAUUGUUUUGUUUUGGAUCAUCUGCUUGGCAGAAGCGGACAGUACACGGAUAGAACAUCGUGGCCCCCGAUCCAGCUUCUUUUGUUGCUCAGUAAUCAAGAAUUCUUCACCGUUUCAAUCUGCCUCGGGGUUUCCGCAAAUGGGUUUCUUCGAUUCCAUCCUUAAUUGGCUCAGGAGCCUGUUCUUCAAACAGGAAAUGGAGCUCUCACUUGUAGGCCUCCAAAAUGCUGGGAAGACAUCUCUUGUCAAUUCUAUUGCCACAGGGGGCUACAGUGAGGAUAUGAUUCCAACUGUUGGGUUUAACAUGCGGAAAGUUACAAAGGGCAAUGUAACAAUUAAACUUUGGGAUCUUGGAGGGCAAAGGAGAUUUCGUACGAUGUGGGAGCGAUAUUGCCGUGGCGUGACUGCAAUUGUGUAUGUAGUUGAUUCUGCUGAUAGAGAUAGCGUUCCUAUAUCAAGAAGUGAGCUCCAUGAGCUCUUAACAAAACCUUCAUUAAGUGGUAUUCCUCUGCUUGUUCUGGGCAACAAAAUUGACAAGUCAGAAGCACUUUCCAAGCAGUCACUGGUUGAUUUGUUAGAACUUGAAUCGAUUCGUGAUAGGGAGGUAUGCUGCUACAUGAUCUCUUGCAAAGAUUCGAUAAACAUCGAUGUUGUGAUCGAUUGGCUCAUCAAACACUCGAAAACAGCAGGAUGAUCGGUUUUAUGCGUAGUUUUGUUUAGCUAAAGAAGAGUCAUGAAGAUUCAAAGCUGUAAUGUGUAGAGAGUUUGAAGUUUAUACAGCUUAGCUAUUCAUGUUUGUUUGUUUGUUUAAAAGAACAUAGUACUUCCGCCAUGCUGUCUAUACUUCUUCCUUCUUUAGAAACGAAAAAUAUUUGUCAGGGUCUACCAUGGAAGAUCAGAUACCUUUUGACCAAUCCGUUGACUUUUGAAAGUUAUGUUGACUUUUGAAAGUUAUGUUGACUUUUGAAAGUUCUUAUUGCCCCCUUUGUGGCAAAUGAAAGAGAUGGACUCGUGAGCCAAUUGAAUCAACGGUGUUGUCUAGCUAUGAACUUCUACUAUUGUAUCGAGUCUAGGUCAACUACUAAAUAUUUCUACUUGAGAUAGGUCAACUACAAGACC